UUCGCUCGCUCCGGAGAUCGGCCAUGUUGCCUCUCGCGCUUGUUCCGGUAUCAGGCACGAGCGUUUGAACAGCUCGGCCGCAGUACGACACCGAUCCGCCUCCACUGAAGCCCGUUUCACCGAAGCCAAUUAUGGAUUUUACUACGUGACUGUGAAUGUUUCUUUCUGGACGCGAGCCCUCGGCCGUUUUCUUUCAUUCAAUAGCCGUCGGUCACCGGGACCCCGUGAGUGGCGGAAGACGGUUUCGUGGAUCAUGAGGGUAUUUCAGGAUUGAUCAUUUUUGAAACCCAUUUUCAGGUGUGCCAGUGCUUUAUAAUCUCCGUUGUUUUUCUUCAAAUCCGCGCUCAGUCGGUUCGUCUCAAAGUGACGGUGAAGCCAUCUCUCCACCUUUUGUUGACACUUAUUGUUUUUGAAGGUCGAUAUACUUGUGAUUUUACUCAGUUUUAUUUGUGUUAUUCUGUGUUGGGCCAGACACACUUCACAUCGCUCGUGAAGAAACCUUUUUCUUCGUGUCCUCGUUUCCCGUGGCUGUCAUUUUAUGGGAAUAAUUGAAUUGUUUUAAACUCCAGCCGAAUCAUUUGGAAAGCAACAUUAAAUGCUGGGUCCAUGUUAGUCCCUCCAAGAAGACUGAAAAUCCCUCAUAAAUCCUCAUUAAGGACCAUAUGUUUAUUUUCAGCCGGAGACUUUAACACAAGUUUUUUUUCCUCCACAUAUGGACUGAUGUUGGGCUUCAACUUGUUGAUCUCCGUCUGCGUGGCUAGUUCAGGCUAGCUAGCAACACUGAUUAUUUCUGUUAGAACAGACGCAUAGCCUCUAACGGCAAGCUUAUAAAUGCUUGUCAACCACUGAAAACGAUUUUCCAGUCACUUUUCUCCCCUUGGCCCUGUUUUUGAGAAUCUCUGGGCGAAAAUGUCAACCCGGCCUCAAGGAGUAGGUGUUAUAGAGAAUUCAUCCAGCCAGACUCACUCUGAUGCCAAAGGAGGAGGGCGUUCCAGCGCUCCACGCUGUCGGAAUGCAGUGGCGACGGCUGAAGAAUACCCUCACAUAGGAAAUUACAGACUGCUCAAGACCAUCGGCAAGGGCAACUUCGCCAAGGUUAAACUGGCCCGACAUGUCCUCACUUCUAAAGAGGUAGCGGUGAAAAUCAUAGACAAGACACAGCUCAACUCGUCUAGUCUUCAAAAAGUCUUCCGAGAAGUGAGAAUCAUGAAGCUUCUGAAUCAUCCAAACAUUGUGAAGUUAUUUGAGGUGAUCGAGACUGACAAGACGCUGUAUUUAGUUAUGGAGUAUGCCAGUGGAGGCGAGGUUUUUGAUUACCUUGUUGCUCACGGGAGGAUGAAAGAAAAGGAAGCGCGUGCCAAAUUUAGACAGAUUGUCUCAGCUGUGCAGUAUUGCCAUCAGAAGUGUAUUGUACACAGAGAUCUCAAGGCUGAAAAUCUUUUAUUGGAUGCUGACAUGAACAUAAAGAUCGCUGACUUUGGCUUCAGUAAUGAGUUUACGGUGGGCAAUAAAUUGGACACGUUCUGCGGGAGCCCGCCGUAUGCAGCCCCUGAGCUCUUCCAGGGCAAGAAGUAUGACGGGCCAGAGGUGGAUGUGUGGAGUCUGGGUGUCAUUCUCUACACACUGGUCAGUGGCUCGCUGCCAUUUGAUGGACAGAACCUGAAGGAGUUGCGAGAGCGUGUGUUAAGAGGGAAGUAUCGGAUUCCCUUCUAUAUGUCCACAGACUGUGAGAACCUGCUGAAAAAGUUUCUCAUCCUCAAUCCUACCAAAAGGGGAAGUUUAGAGCAGCAGAUCAUGAAGGAUCGCUGGAUGAAUGUAGGUUAUGAAGACGAUGACUUGAAACCCUACAUUGAGCCUCAACCAGACUACAAAGACCCCAGGAGAACAGACAUAAUGCUUCAGAUGGGUUUCUCUCAAGAAGAAAUCGAGGACUCUCUCAUCAAGCAAAAGUACAAUGAAGUCAUGGCCACAUACCUGCUGCUCGACUAUAGGAAUUCAGAGCUUAACGAGGGGGUCAACCUGUCAUUAAAGCCACGCCCAGGAAGUGACCUCACUAACAGCAACGCCCCUUCUCCACCUCAAAAGGUACAGCGCAGUGUGUCUUCAACCCAGAAACCUGCUAGAAGAUCAACAGAUCAGGGCUCAUACUCGAAAAAGCCUCAGGGUGAAAACAAGCAUGGAGUGGAGGAUUCUGGGAGGAAAGGUUCAAGUAGCUCCACCAAAGUUCCACCCAGUCCGGUUAUCUCCAGCGAGCGUAAAAAGAGUUCGACACCCUCUACUAAUAGUAUCCUGUCUACGGGCACAAGCCGCAGCAGAAACUCCCCUAUUUCUGAGAGAGCCACUCUGGGAGUGCAAAACGGCAAGGACAGCCUGAGCACCCCUGGGUCCCGCGCCUCCACGGCCUCGGCUGGCCCUGUGCUCUCUUCAUCCUCCUCUUCCUCACGCACCCGCCAUCACAAGUCACUGUCCACCUCCGCCCAUCCCAGUCCCGCAGACCUGCACUCACACCGGCCCAGUGAUCCCCCACAGAGAGCACCUGGUGCCUCCCCAUCAGCCCACAAUAUCAGCAGUGCAGCUGGGACGGACCGUACCAAUUUCCCUAGAGGGGUGCCCACCCGCAACACCUUCCACCUCGGCCAGCAGCGGGGAGCACGAGACCAGCAGGGCUCUCCGUACCACGGAGCUCCCGCCUCCCCUUCCCUGUCACACGGGAACAGCCAACAACGAAGACCCGCAGCUUCUGGCAUCUUCAGCAAGUUCACUUCCAAGUUUGUGCGCAGAAAUCUGUCAUUCAGAUUCCCCGGAAGGAGCCCCUAUGAGGGAGAGGGUCAAGAGGAGGGAAGCAGAUCUAUGCUCAGCAGCGCAGAGAAGUCAGAGAAAACCAGCGUCGGGCCGGAAGAUGAGAACAAAGAUUCCUCCUCAUCUCCAGGCGGCGGGACUCCUCCAGCCGCGCCAGUGUCCUCGCUUAAAGACCAGGCCAAACCUCGCUCUCUCCGCUUCACCUGGAGCAUGAAGACCACGUCUUCUAUGGAGCCCAGCGAGAUGAUGAAGGAGAUUCGGAAAGUUCUUGACGCCAACAGCUGCGAGUACGAGCUGCGCGAGCGUUACAUGCUGCUUUGCAUGGCUGGCAACCCUGCCCGUGAUGACUUUGUGCAGUGGGAGAUGGAGGUGUGUAAGCUGCCCCGUCUCUCGCUCAAUGGCGUACGCUUCAAGAGGAUAUCCGGGACGUCCAUUGCCUUCAAAAACAUCGCCUCCAAAAUCGCCAAUGAGCUCAAACUGUGAGAGGUAUAAGAGAGAGAUGCACAAAUGCAAGUGAAAAACAGUAGCAUUUAAAGAUUCUCUGAACAGGGAUGAGUGGAGAACGUACUACUCAAACACGAGGGUAGAUACAGAGAGAGGUAUAGGAUCAGUUUCAUAAAAACGGGGAAAAUAGCACACUGACCCAUCAAUCCUGCACAUGAUGAGGAGUUUUAGAAGGUGUAGGUUCUUUGUCCUGAAUAUGUUCAAAUCAGAAUGGCGACGAGUCUCUCGACACAUUUUGUUUUCUGCUGAAAAUGAACUAAUUUCUGGUCUCUUCGUACACUUGCACACAAACGCACCAAUUGCCUAUUGAAGUGGAUGGAGGAUGAAAUGCCAAACUUGACAGAGGGGUGGCCAUUGACUUCAGACCCCAAAGUAUUGAUAGGAUGGAGGUGGAUCAUUUUAAAGCAAAGAAUGAUGUUUGUGGCCACUUCAGAGAGACAAACACACACUCUCCGUGUUUAUUUUUUCCUCUUAAUCUGUCGACAGGGUUGCGCCUCACCGUUUGUUCAGUAAGGGCCAGCGCACUUGAUCAAUACUGAGAGGACUGUAAAUUCUGUUUAAGGUGAUUUUAAUUCUUAAUCGGCUGGGUUUAGAUUUGCUGCACUGGAAUGGGUGAAUUUCUGUUGCCUUUUUAUUUUCUUAUAGAAAUUAAAUGUUUUAUUGUUGUAUUUACCAAUGAUUAUGUUUUAAUAUUAUUCUUAGGAACAACAAAUUCUUUUUUAUUAUUAUUAUUAUUUGUGGUCUUGUGUUCUUGAUCGUACUAUGCCUUUGUAUAAAGAAUGUCUGGAAAAAGCACCACAUGACUCCCACAAAACAUUUCGCAGUCUUGCCCCACUUUGCCACAAAGAUCAUGGGGCAGCAAGUACUCUCCUCAUGUUUAAAAAAAGUCACUGGAUUAAAAAAAAAAACAUUUAAGGACUCAAUUCAGGCAACUAAUCAUUCCCAUGCCAAUUUCAUGACUAAGGAACUAUUGUUGAGGGGAUCCACAACCCUCCAUGCUUCAAGCCAAGAACUUUCCACUUCCGUCUUCAUCCGCAGGAGGCUUUUGGCAUUACACAUUUGAUGGUACACUCUUUAUAAAAAUGUCUUGAUUGAAUGUGUUUGUAUGUAUGAGAGAUGGAGUGUUAUGUCUGAAUAACCAAAAUGCGUGCUUAGUUUCAUUUUCAACGCAGAGACUAUUAAUAGUAGUACCUGCCAUAUUUCCAAUAUUUUGUUGGCAUUAUCAUUUUCACUCUUGAAAUCAGUUCAGAUGUCAGCCGCACACAAGCAGAUCAGUAAUUUGAGCAGAUGGGAACCAACCUGCAAAACAGAGCGAGAGAGUACACUGACUGCAAACUAGAGUAUCUUUCCAUCCUUUUCUGCUGAGCUGUACAUGCUUGCAUGCAUCCUCUAGUUGACAUCGGGUGCACAGUCACCUCUAUUAUUGUGUAAAGAGGACAGGGGUUGGGAUCAGACAGUUUGGGGGACAACUGUGCACAUGUGUGUUUUAUAUCUUCAUAGAAAAUAAUGAUUCUCUUUUUUUUUUUGUCAUGUACUUUGCUGUUCUCACAAACGAUCAUUUGUUCAAGGUGCUGGGGAUCCAAUUAUUUUAAGUAUUGUCUGUUUGUUCAGGGUUGAUUAUUUUUAUUCACAAAUUUUUUUUGUUGCUGUAAUUUUAUUAUUUGUGUCAGGCUCUGCUGUUGGGUUAGGGGGGUUCACAUAGAAAUACACCAAAUGUUUGUUUUUUUUGUGCAAAGAUAUGAUCGACGAUAGUAAUAAAACAAUUAAAUUCAA